AUUAUUUUUGGAUUCUAUGACUUCUUAUGUGUGUGGAUCAAGUUAAUACUCACUAUUCCAAGGGACCAAUACUCUUAAAUGUAUAAAUAUGAAAGAUUUUUGUGGAUCAUAUUCCUAAUGUCUACAGGUAAAUGAUUAAAUUGGGCCAUCAAGUUAUGGAUGUUGCAGAGAAGAUUACCUUUACCCCAGAGCGGCCAACAUUAUCGUUUAUAUUCUAAUCAUCCCAAUAAUAGGGAUUGGCAGUUUGGGAGCUUUGGGAGGUAGAAUUGUUAAUUACGCAUUAGGUGGUGUGGUGAAGAGGCCAUUUUUGGAAGCUGUUCUAAAUUUCAAUUCAGGUCCUUCAGGGAACAUCACUGCAUGUCUUAUGUUUGGAGCCCAAUUAGUUAAUCAGAUAAUUAUCACAUUCUAGAAGUAAUUACAUUAUAGAAUGAAAGACACCCAUACCACCCUCAGCGUCCAGCUGUCAACUAUGAGGUCGGAAUGAUAUAUGCCUUGGCCAUUCCUCUUUCGAUGCAAUUUGGAUAGGAAUUAGCAAGCUAUAUGCCGCUAUUACCAGUUUUAACUCUAUAGAUGAUGUUUUUCAUCGUCAUUCUUCCAAUUUGCUUAUUAUAUGCGAAAAGACAAGAAGUGGUUGAAUAAGAAUUAGAUGAAGAUUACACUGAUUCUCAUAUUUCUAUGACAACCGCUUUUAAAGGGUCAAUUCAAGAUGAAGCCCAGGCUGCCUUAGUGUAUAAAUAAUUUCUAAAUGAAUCUCAUUAAAUCCUGCCUGUCGUACCCAUCCUUAUUGCCUUUGGAAGUUUCGCAGCUAACGAAGCAGUGAUACUUUCAAGAACAACACUUUAUUAGACAUCGCCCUACUAUCCAGAGUAUAUCAAUAACAAUUCAAAUUAAAAACUAGACCCAUGCAAUCCCUGGAAUUUCUAUAUGAUGAUUGUAUUAUUUGCAGUCAACAUUUUCAUUACCGGCUUAACCUUACUGUAUUUCAGAUACAAAGAACAGAUUAAGGACAACGUAAGGUAUAAAUUAAAGGAAAGAUACUUUACUCCAACCAGAAGGUUCUUUAAAAUAUACGGAGCUGGAUGUGCAACUGGUUUUAUAGCAGGAUUUUUAGGGAUGGCAGCAGGUUUAACGAUGUUUGUAACAAUGGUAUAAUUUGGUUUGGUUGCUGCAUCUGCAGGGGCAACAGCAAAUUACGGUUAUUUUAUUGUAUGUCUACAAGUAUUUGUAUCAUUCAUGGUCAGCGACUCUGGAAUGCCAAUUGGUGACCAGUUUUUCUUUUACGGAAUAGGAGUAAGUGUAAUUGAUAAUGCCUUAGAUUUUAGGUGUCUUGAUAUUCACCAACCUAGGCUAUUACUACAUUAAUAAAUAUAAAAUUGGGCAUAUAUUAUUUUAUAUUGAUUUUGCCAUUGUAGUCUUAAACAUAGCUGGUAACAUAGCAUGGGGAGUAUAAUCAAAUCAUAGAUCAGGUUUUAAUUCUAUUGUCGACAUCAAUCAAUCCUGUAAUACAUGA